GAGGACCUGAGGGAGGAGCUAACCUCUACAGUAACACAUAAACACACGCUGUAGCUCGUAGUUAGCUUAGCGGGUUAGCACCCCGGCUUAGUAGCUGUUAUUUUGAUAUAUUCAUUGCCACUAGAUAUGGGCGAUAACGACAAAGGACGGGUUAAGAUUGGACGAAGAAAAUACGGAAGAAGUCUCAUGUCCUCUUUAUUUUCAAUAAUAUCAAGCUCAGAUGUGUGAAGCUGAAUUGUUGAAUGCAUGCUAAAACAUGACGAGGGAAGAAGUAUGGGCAGUGUGUGAGAUGGGGGAAGUAAGAAGAAGUAAGACAAUUGAAGAAAGAAGAAUAAUGUGAAGUAAUGAAGUUACAGAAAUGAAGUUCAGGAAGUAAUCUGGAUAAGGUCACUGCGCUAAGUAACCUUCUGGUCUGUUUGUCAAAUGCGUGCAUGUACUUGUUAUUGAAUACAACAUAUUAGUUUAAAUGAAUUUUAUUUCACCAUUGACAGAUUUCUAUUUUUUUCACCAUGAUGACUAACAUACUGAUUAAUGUAAUCAUAUUGAUAUCACACUAUUCAUGACUACACAAAAUAGCAUUAACCUGCAUUCCUAAUUCACAAUCUUGAAUUCUGUUUCUUUACUACACUCGUCACAGGAUAGUCGUAAUUUUUAACUACAUAGAGAUGUUUUGGCAAAUUUCUCCAUUUGUCACUUUAUUGGUGCUAAUAACAAGUUUGUUGGUGUGUGUGUGGUUCCUUCAGGAGUCUCGCUCCGUAUCCCGGAGCGUGAGUCCACGGGGUUCUGGAAAGUCAGCGAGCCGCUCACCAGCUCGUUCGACCCAUUCAAAAGAUGGCUCCCACUGCUCCCACUCUAAAUCUCGAUCUCGUUCCAGGUCGAAAUCUGGGUCCCACUCCCACCGUGGCUCACGCAGACACUACAGCCGAUCUCGCUCCCGCUCAAGGUCAUAUCGGCGCCGAUCUCACAGUAGGUCCUACAGUGGAGAGCGUCGACGCAGGAGCCAUAGUCGCUCACCCAUGUCCAAUCGCCGCAGGCACAUCGGGAAUCGUGCAAAUCCAGAUCCCAACUGUUGCCUGGGAGUGUUUGGCCUGAGCUUGUACACCACAGAGAGAGAUCUGAGGGAAGUCUUCUCUAAAUACGGCCCCCUGGCGGACGUCUCUAUUGUGUAUGACCAGCAGUCGAGGCGCUCCAGGGGCUUUGCCUUUGUUUACUUCGAGAACACAGAUGAUGCUAAAGAGGCAAAGGAACGAGCCAAUGGCAUGGAGCUGGAUGGGCGUAGAAUUAGGGUAGACUUCUCUAUCACAAAAAGACCUCACACCCCGACACCUGGAAUCUACAUGGGACGGCCGACAUAUGGUGGAGGUGGUCCCAGUGGUCCUCGGCGCUAUUCACGUGACUACGACCGUGGAUAUGAUCGUGGAUACGACAGAGGCGGCUACGAUCGCUAUGACGACAGGGACUAUUACAGAUCGUACAGAAGACGUUCUCCAUCACCGUACUACAAAGGGGCUUACAGAUCUCGGUCCAGAUCACGUUCUUAUUCUCCCCGCCGAUAUUGACCCUUUCUGUCAAGCAAAAACCCUCUUUCCAUCCCAAACAGGAAGUGUUUCUGAGAGACAUGAUUGACCUCAGAGUAGAUCUUUUUUCUUAAGGUGAUCAUCACACUACUGUUUGCUCAUAUACAUGACCAGUAACACUAUACAGACAUCAGUUGUGAAGCAUACCUCUCAUGUUUUUAAUUGUUAAUGUAUAGACUACACUUGUUGUAAAUGUUUUAUUACUGUUUGAUUAAUGUUGUAGACAAACUGAGUAAAAAUUAAUCUUUAAACAGAUUAAAAGGGAGAUGCAUUUUUUUUUCCCCCA